GAUCCAGAGGCCGGCCGAGGCGGGGCGCUAUUUUCGGUUGGUGACUUCAGCCGAUAUUUCUGAAUCGCUAGUCGAACAGGGUGGUGAGCUGGAAGGCGGGUGCGCAGUCCGCGUCCGACCUCGCACGAGAAGACAGCCUCCGACUCUGCUGACGCCAGACAAUCCCGAAAAGCAGCCACCAUGCCUUUCAAGCCCGUCGAGACUCCCAAGUGCCCGGCUUGCGAUAAGUCAGUAUAUGCGGCCGAGGAGCGGGUCGCCGGUGGAUACAAGUACCACAAGACGUGCUUCAAGUGCUCCAUGUGCAACAAGGCGCUGGACUCGACCAACUGCAGCGAGCACGAGAAGGUUCUGUUCUGCAAGCAGUGCCACGGCCGCAAGUACGGACCCAAGGGCUACGGGUUCGGCGGCGGCGCCGGCGCGCUCAGCAUGGACACAGGCGCCCAGUUCGGCAACAAGGAGUCGGCGUCGUAAGUGGCGCGUCGGCGGCGGGCGGCGCGGACAGCGCGGGAUACCAGCGCGGGGAGCCGGAGCGGCGGCCCUGCCGAGCUGUCGGAGCCGGACGACGUCACGGGGAGACCUCCAGCCACGCCGCGUGUCGUCCGUGUCGCUAUAAUCCGCCUGGCUCACUUUUGAUUGGCAUUUUUGUUUCUUUUUUAUUUAGUGUUGAUAAGAAAUUGAUUAUAAAUACCGUAAUUUAAACGGAUAUUGUAAAAUACUUUUCGGACUAUCAAUCAUAGCUCCGAUAAACAGUACACGAGACACAUUAAAACGUGUUCUUUUUUAAACUGGGGACGUAACCCCAGUACCCAAUUCAGUCCAUUUGUUUUGAUUCUCCUAACUGUUCGUAGCUCGUCCACGCCGCUUCUGUGUAUUUUCAGUCCUUUGCCUCACUCUGUGUAUUUUUCUGUGACGACACCUAUGGCGCAUUUUGCGCCACGUCUGUCCGUCGCUCGUGCGCCCGCUCACCCGCACGUGCUGACUGACACUGACCCGAGCUCUCUCUCCGUAACAGAAACAAGCCGCUCAUGUAAGGAGCCGCCUUCAGCCGCGUCGGGCAGCGCCGCCAUCACCGGCUGCCGGACGCACCACGAUUCCAUUCGCUCAUCGCCCCGUCGGCUCAGCGCCGCCAGCCAACGCCGCCGGACAGCGCCGCCGGACAGCGCCGCCAGCCAGCGCCGCCGGACAGCGCCGCCGGACAGCGCCGCCGGACAGCGCCGCCCUUCGCUCUGGUGCUCGGGGCGGCCGGCCGCGCCGCCGACUGAAGGACCGCGCCGUCCGCGCCUUCCGCGCCGUCACCGUCACUAACCAGCUGGGGCAGCCGCCUGCGGCCGUCGCCCCAGCCACUCCGACCGGCUUGCUUUCCUGAGAGCGACGCGCGCCGGUUCGUGGACCGGUCUGAACGGCGCGCGGUGGGCUGCGGGCUUUCGCUCGGUCUCCGUACAAACACUGACCGCACAAUACAUGGUGCCGUUACC